ACUCAUUCGCUGACGGUUUGCUGAUGGACCCGCUGAUGAACCAGCGCACUGAGGAGUGGGUGGACCUGCUCACCGCGGAGCUUGUGGCUGGUGCAAGCGCUGGCCACCACCGCCGCUCCCUGCUGGAGGCAGUCCAAUGCGACCAAGCCCUUGCUGGCUACUCCUUCGCAGCCGACAUCACGCCUGCACCUGGGUCCGGGAUUUGUUUGCAUGGUAACUACAGCCGCACAUGCUUGUACCUGCCGCCUUCACCGAUGCCCCCGUCACCGCUGCCGCCCAGCCCAGCGCCGCCCAGCCCGGCGCCUCCCUCGCCGGCACCGCCCGUCCCUGGCAUCCCGCCGCCGUCUCCUGCACCGCCGUCACCCGAGCCGCCCAGCCCCACUCCGCCGUCGCCUGCGCCACCGAGCCCGCUGCCUGGCAUUCCACCCCCAUCCCCAGAGCCUCCAAGCCCAGCUCCUGGCAUGCCUCCGCCCUCACCAGCGCCGCCUCUGCCUGGCAUCCCGCCCCCGUCGCCAGUGCCACCAAGUCCUCCGCCGUCACCUGAGCCGCCGCAGCCAUCCCCGGAGCCCCCGAGCCCAGCCCCGCCGCCGCCCAAGUGCCGCAUGUGCGCAACGCUGCGCAUGAUUCCGAACGUCAACAUCGUGACCCCACCACUGGCCUACACUGAUGCGGACUUGUUUGACUUCGGCGCGCAGUUCGCGGCCAUCAUCAAUGAGCAGCUCAUUAAUGAUGGUGCUCCAUUUGACGAGCUCUUUACCAACGUCCCGAUCGCCUACAAUGCAACCUACGACCCCAGCACCGGAGUCGCGCCCUUCUCCAGCCUCUGCGGCAACUUCAGCGCCGCGACUAUGGCUCUGAUUGCGAACGUCCCAGACGACGUGUGGGAUGCGUGGUUCAUAUUGGUAGACCCCAACGCCGACUGCCCCGUUGAGCUUGCUGGCAUCUCGCUCAUUGUGGAAUUUGACUCCACGCCCUCGGGUUGCUUCGACAAGAACCCUCGAAGCCACCCUGAGUGCGCGCCUGAGUCGCCGCCGCCCAGCCCCGACCCGCCCAGUCCACCGCCUCCUAUUGCCUCCAUGCUGCCUCCACCGCCGCCUCCACCACCCCCGCCGGAAAACCCACCGCCCAGCCCCGAACCGCCCAGCCCGCCGCCGCCCAGCCCGGAGCUGCCGCCGCCCAGCCCGCUGCCGCCCGCACCACUGGCACCUACUCCGCCCAGCCCAGAGCCGCCCAGCCCGGAGCCGCAGUCGCCAUCGCCGCCCUCGCCACGCCCUCCCGCCCAGGGCAAGCAGAACGCGCCGCCCCUUCCGCCCUUCCCUCCGGAGGCCCCUGUGCCGCUCGAGUGCGUUAACAAAGGCCCAUCGACUGACAUGACGACCCCUCCCGACACCCGCGCAUGCGCGGACCAGGCCACGUGCAUUGACGUCAACAUUGACAGCGAGCAGUGCCAGUACCGCCGCCAGGCCGGCCAGACGUGGCUGUACUGCCCCGUCACUUUCACGUACCCGCGCCCCGGAAGCAUCUGCGCCCUGCUCAACAUUCCAUCCCCGCCGCCGCCGUCCGCACGCCGCGGUACCGGAGCCCGCGCAGAUGCAGCCACCGCCAACAGCCCGUACGUCUGCUCGUCGGACAAGCUGGGCACGGUGGUGGAGGGCCUGAACGGUGUGCCCGUUCCCGGCGGCAUCAACCAGCAGCCGUGGCUGCCCGGCAACACCACGGUCUACACGCAGUGGGUGCGCUGGGCGGAGACUGACCUUAAGGCCAGCACCGUUGAGUUCAGCGUCCGCUCGGGAACCAAGGCGUGCCAGCUGGGCAGCAGCCCCAUCGACCUCUUCGUCAAUGGCAUGUCGGCCAAGUGCACAGGCCCGCGCUUCACCGACCCCGCCGGCACUGUUGCGGCGGGCUGCCAGUCCAACGACGGCACCAUAUUCAACGAGUGCCUGUGGAGCGUGGACGUGCCUCGCCCUGGUGGAGAAGGCUGGAACGGCGACGUGUGCGUGGACAACGGUGGUCCGGCGCCCAACACGCCUCCCAGCCCGCGCCCGCCCCGCCCUGGCGGCGCCCCAGGCCUGCGCGCGCCUCCGUUGCCGCCCUUCAACCCCUGCUUACUGUCGGGUGUCAGCAGCGACAAGACGCCCGGCGGCACCGAGUGCGUGAACCAGGCCAACUGCCUCGACGUCUACUACGAUUCCGCCAAGUGCGAGUGGCGCGCCAGCUCCGACGGCAACCUUUACCUUUACUGCCCGGUGUGCUUGCGCUACCCGCGCGACAGCACCAUGUGCCCCCUCACGUCCUCCAUUGAGUACCUGUGCGCGGGUGACGAGGUCAGCACCGUACUGAGCGGCGACACAGGAGAGCCGGUCCCCGGCGGCAUUGCCGUACAGUCCAACUGGGGGCCCAGCUCGCGCUACUGCCAGUGGGUGCGCUGGCAGCAGGAUGACUUUGAGCCUAAGGAGAUCUUUUACAGCAUCAAGGACGGCACCGGCGCCUGCGUGCGCCGCGCUGGCAACAGCGUCAACGUCACCAUCCAGGGCCUGGACGCAAUGUGCACGGGCCCGCGUACGAAUCCCUUCAACGGCCCCGCUGGCUGCCAAGGCAAUGACAAUGUCGACAAUGAGUGCCUCUGGAGCAUCAAGGCGCCGCGGCCCGGAGGACCUGGCUGGGCCGGCGAGGUGUGCACGAAACCCCCGCCGCCCGCUCCUCCUCCCAUGCAGCCCAAUGCGCCGUCGAAAAAGCGCCCGCCGCCUCGCCCAGCCAAGCCAGGCCAGCGCGCCCCCAAUGUACCGCCAUCACCAUCACCGCCGCCGCAGCAGUACAUCCCCUUCCCCUUUUGCGCAUGCAAAAAACGCAACAUCAAGAACACACCAUACCGAUUCGACUUCAUCUCUAGCACGCCACUGCCCACCUUGUCUGAUGGCAAGCCGCGUGUGCGGCACUGCUUCAACAUUGAUACGGUGGCCUGUGACGCCACCCAUUCCUGCUGCAACAUGGGUCUCAAGAAGAUUGAGAUCUUCGCCAACAACGACUGCCGUUCGUCCGUCAAGCUCGCCCUGCUUGCUGGCCAGAGUAUUAGCUGGGCUUUCACCCAGGACACGUACAACGGCAACACGUACACCACCUUCAAAUUCCCCAACCUAAUGCUGAGCCGUGCGGACGUGGGCAAGGGCAUGAGCCUGUGCUUUAUUCUUACGGAUACCUGCUCCAAGCUGGAGAAUUUCUGCUACGACGGCAAGAAUAACUCCUGCCGAGUCACUUUCUUCAGCGUGGACGAAAGCUGCUGCCCCACCGGACCAGCCAGCUUGGAGGCGAGCACACCCGAGUUUGAGACGGCAGCACCCCCUCCUGAUGCGGUCACUGUGGAUCCAACAGGAGGCCAUCGUUAAGGAAACCCAAAAGUCAGGACCUGUGUUUUGGGGGCAAUCCUUUGAUGGCUGCUUCCAGCAGUGAUGGAUGCUCGCUUUAAGGUUUUUGUGGUCGUAGAACCGUUUGUGAUGUGUGCAUGCGCAUGUGUUUUUGCUUGUGGUGCGCAUCGAGAUUGGUCUGUGAAUGUGUCACGGUACGCAGGGUGCUGUAUGCACAGCUUGGGAAUGAAUGUGUUGCGCGUGGCCGCCAAUGCUCCGAGAGCGUGCGAUUGCGUAGUGAGGAUUGCCCAUAGAUUGAAUAAUCAUGGUGUGCAUUGGGCAAGGAAUACGGCAUUAAUACGUUCGUACUUUUCCGCGUAUAAUUAACCAUCAGUGUGUGAAACCAUCAAUGCGUGCGUGCGUGUUGUAGUGCGCACCGGAUGGGUGCAGUUCAAGGUGCAGUUUGUAGUGAGUGGGCAAACUGCCAGAGAUUGUACCGGCGCACCUUGCAUGGAUGCUGGUGGCAGGGUGGAUGCCUUGAUUGAAAGGAUGGCUUGAUUUGGAAGGGAGCUUUGUCACCAUAAUCCUGGAGCCAGCUCGAGUUCAUGCCUACAGAAUUGAACACUUGCUGACUAGUGCACAUAUUGCAUCAAUUCCACAGUCGACCCUGGAGACCACGCGCCCUGUUCAUGCUAGUGUGUGUUGAAGAUGGUUGAGAAGUUCUACUGUGUAGGUCUGAAAGAGUGAUGGCGGCGUGCUUGCCUGUUUGGCCAUCCCAGUGCAUGUCAUGGAAGUACCCACGCCAGUUGGGAAUGUGAGUUAAAAUAUUGCGCACAGAGUUGCGCAACAACUCCAACGUGUAACCAGUACAUUCU